AUGCCUCCAAAGAGAGCAAACUCGAAACCUAAAAAAUAAAAAGAAAUCACUGAAUAGAAAGAAAAAGUAGAAUAAAAGGAGAGUUGUAAAUUGCCUGCAGCUAGAAAAAGAGCUUUAAAAGCAGAUGAAAAACUUGAAUAAAAGCUUCAAAAAAAUUUGGUAAGCAACUAGCCAUGUAAUAAUGAAAAAAAAGGAGAUCAACCUGGAGGCAGUACUUUACAAAAAAGAAGUAGACUGAAACCAAAAAAAGAGGAUGAUAAACUAAAGUCCAAGAUGAAAGUCAUUAUUCUAAUGCCUCUAAUCCUGAAGUUGACAAUGAAAUCAUUUUAGACAAAUCUUAAACUAAAGGAGGGAAAAAGUAAAUUCAAGAAAAUUUAUUAAAGCCUAGGUCUUAAAGCUAGAAACCAGCAAUUCGAAGAGCAAGAGGGAAAAGAGGGAGGCCUGUUGAAACCUAAGCAGGUAAAAUAGUCAAAAAAGCAACCUUAAUAAGAUGAGGACUAAAAACAAAAGGAAAGUUAAAAUCUAGAAGAAAAAAAGCAGCAAAGAUCUAGAAGUCGAGGAAGGAAAUCUUAAGAAAAAAAUAAGGAAAAUAUUCUUAAUCUAGAUGAAGAAUGGAAAGUAUCGGAGAAAAAAAAGAGGUAAUACCAAAGAUAAGUUAAGCCUAAAUAACCCCCAAAACCAAGAGGUAGAAAAAAAAUGACUGAGAGGGAAAGAGAAGUGGAAGGAGCUUACAAUCCAAGGAGUAGAAAUAAGAGCAAAAGAAGAUAAAAUCAGAUCCAAGAUCAACCUUAGAAUGCAAAUGCAAAGUAAGCAAACGAAUAAAAGUCUAAAUCUCCUAAGCAAAGAUAAAGUCAGGUUCAAAUUUUUGAAGAGGAAAAAUAAACUCAAUAAGUGCCUGAAAUACAUCGAAUUUAAGUUUCUGACCAGAUAGGAGUAGUUGAGCCAUCACAUUCUGAGAACAUUCGAAGAGAUAAAGACUAAUCCCAAUAAAUGAUGAUUAAAAACCGUAAUAACUUUCAGUAUGGUAGUUCUUAAUAAGAGAAUGUCUCAAGAAAAAGAGUAUAAAAUGGAAGGAUAUCUUUAACUUAAAAUGAUUAAGUCAAACGUAAAAGAGCAUUUUCAAAACCUGAAAGCCAAAUAUCUUCGUACUCUCACUCUGAUAUAUAUCUCUAUAAGACUAAGGAUUAAAGAAAAAUUGGAUUUGAAAGGUUUUUGAGCGUUGAUGAAAGUCUGCUUCCAUGGUAUGGUGAGUUUAAAUAACUCAAGCAUGUGGGCAGAGAUGAUGAUGUAGACACCGAUGUAAAUUUAGUUUAAGAUACAUAGAAAAAUCUUAGAUCUGAACUUAUUGAUAAAAUAAAGGCUUAUAGAUAGGAACGAUAAGCCACUGGAAAGGCUGAAAAAUUAGUUCGAAAUCUAAGAUAAAAUGCUUUUGAUCCUGUGAUAUAAACUUAAAAACACAUCAUGGAAAUUGACAUUGGAAAUAUAGAAAAAGUAGAAGGGGAAUAUGACCCUGAAGAUGAUGAAAAUGAAGAAAAAAGCGAGGAAUUAAUGUAAGAAGAUUCCAAUUGA